UGGAGAGUGUACGCACGGCUUCCUACCCCUUACCCAGGCACCUGCUGCUCUAUCUGUUCGCUCAUUGGGGCAGUAUUCACACGGAAUUGGGGCACCCUCUGUUGUACAACGGGGUUUGGUAACAUCCAGCCGGAAAAAUGACUGACGCUUUGCUGCCAGGCAACCUGAAUGGUAAAAGACUGUCGGAGCAGAAUUACUUCAGAAAGGGUAAAUCCAUUGCUCAGACUGGCCGCAGUAAACUGCAAAAUCAAAGGGCCAGCUUAAACCAGCAGAUCCUAAAAGCAAUGAGGAUGAGAGCUGGGGCUGAAAACCUUUUACGGGCAACUGCAAACAAUAAAAUUCGAGAGCAGGUGCUUUUAGAGCUCAGCUUUGUGAACUCCAACCUUCAGCGUCUUAAGGAGGAGUUAGAACGACUCAAUAUAUCUGUGGAAGUGUACCAGCACACUGAGCAGGCCUCCAACAUUCCACUGAUCCCAUUAGGGCUCAAGGAGACAAAAGAUGUAGAUUUCACAACUGCAUUCAAGGAUUUUAUCUUAGAACACUACAGCGAAGAUGCGUCAGAGUAUGAGAAUGAGCUGGCUGAUCUAAUGGACCUCAGACAGGCUUGCAGAACCCCUAGCAGGGAUGAAGCUGGGAUUGAGCUGUUGAUGAGCUACUUUCAACAGCUUGGAUUUCUUGAGAACAGAUUUUUUCCCCCCAGUAGAAACAUGGGUAUACUAUUUACAUGGUAUGAUUCAUUUACUGGGGUCCCAGUUAGUCAGCCUAACAUCUCCUUGGAGAAGGCCAGCAUUUUAUUUAACAUUGCGGCUCUAUACACACAGAUCGGAACCAGAUGUAACAGGCAGACUAAAAUUGGCUUGGAGGAAUCAGUCACUACUUUUCAAAAAGCAGCAGGAGUACUUAACUAUCUAAAGGAAACCUUCACUCAUACACCGAGCUAUGACAUGAGUCCAGCCAUGCUGGGAGUGCUGAUUAAAAUGUUGCUGGCAGAGGCGCACGAAUGCUACUUUGAGAAAAUGAUCUUAUCUGGGAUACAGAAUGAGUUCUGUACACUGUUAAAGGUGGCACAGGAAGCUGCAAAGGUCAGUGAGGUCCACAUGCAAGUGUACACAUUAAUGAACCAGGCUCCAAUCAAAGAGAAUGUGCCAUACUCCUGGUCUGUUAUGGUGCAAGUGAAAGCAGAGCAUUACAAAGCUCUCACAAACUACUUUGUGGCAGUUAUACUCAUUGAUUAUCAGUUGAACCUGAGUGAUGAUGAAGAUAAGCAGGAGAAGGCUAUUGCACAGCUUUAUGACUCAAUGCCCGAAGGACUUACUGCUCAGACCAUAUUAAAGGACCAACAGCAGAGGACAUUGCUAGGAAAGGCACAUUUGAGUAAAGCUAUUAGAUGUCACGAAGAAGCCAUCAGAUUUUCUACUUUAUGCAGUACACUGAGACAGAUUGAUGUGCUCCAGAAUAUACUGUCAGCGUUCCAUCAAAGGUCACUACUGAAAUUCUCUCAGCAUCAAAAACAUGAUGACUUCCUUGAUUUGUUGUCAGCGCCUGACAUUGUCAGUAAAACAGAGUAUCAAGCUGAAAUGAUUCCACCACAGCUUUUAAGAGUUAAAGCAACAGAUCUCUUUCAGCGUCUGGGUCCACUGUCAGUAUUUUCAGUGAAGCAAAGGUGGUCAGCACCUAGGAAGGUGUGCAUAACAAAAGAAGAUGGAGACUUUGGCUUUCUCUUAAAAGGUGACUCUCCAGUACAAGUGGUUUCGCUGGAUCCACUCUGUCCUUCAGCAACAGAAGGUUUGAAGGAAGGAGACUACAUUGUUUCAGUAGAAGGUGAAGACUGCAAGUGGUGCAGUACGAGCCAAGUUAUGGACAUGCUCCACGGAACUGGUGAAGAAAGCAUAGAGAUACAGGUCAUCAGUAUACAGGACCAGACAAAUAGUUUGCAUAACAAAAGUGCAACAUACUAUGCUGGGAUGCAGAAGACCUACUCCCUAGUGUGUUUGGCUAUGGACAAUGACAAGCAUACCAAGACACAAAAGGCAACGAAAAAAUUAUCAUUUCUCAGUUGGGGAUUUAGAAACCGUCAAAAAGCUGCAAGUACAAUCUGCCUCCCUUCAGAAGUGAAAGGAAAACCAAAAACAGACAAGGUGUUCUCUUUUCCAAGCUCCCUGAGCACUGAAAGUGCAUUAUACUAAUGUGUCCUGUACACCUAAUGACUUCUCCAAGCACAGAAGUCACUUGCAUGUCAGUGACCACUGUGAUCAGCCCACGAACCUUGCGAUAACUAUAAACUCUGCCAGAUGUCUACAUGUAUGUAGCACACAGAUCCCACAGCACACUUAUACUGUACAACAGACUCCCUCUGGUGGCCAUGAAGGAAAUUUCACUCACUACCUUUGCAUGUUGUUGGUACUGAGAUGAGCCCCUGAUGUGCAACUUUGAUCGUUACUGCUGCAGCACAAGUGAUGCAUUGACUGUUAAUGUAGCACUAAUGUUCUCUGUGAUUAAAAUAUUAUAUACAAUAUACUGUGUAAAAGAAUAGUGACCAAAUGUAAAUAUGUUUUCAUCUCCAUAAGAACUUGUAAACCAUUUAAAAAAGGUCUAGUUUAAAAAAUAUACAAUUAUAUAUAGAUCAGAUUUUUGUUAUACUACUGUUAUAUUAUUUAAAAAUGUUUAAAGACACUGAGUAGCCAUUUGGUAUCUGCGGAAGUCUCCUAGUAUCAGCCAUUUACCAAACCGACUACAGAUUUAGUAAUAUUGCCCCAGUAUACAUAUUCCUUGCUUUAUAAUAAUCUUUUGACAAACAAAAUCCAAUUUAAGUACGAUUAAAUGUUAUUUAAGGAUUUGAAAACAUCCAUGUGCAACACUGAUUUAGUUAGCCAUUGAUUUAGUUAGUUAUAGUCUCCCACAGGCACAGGAAUUAACUAUGGGGGCAAAAUGGCUUGCAAAGAUGCAAUUCAUUGACACAAAACUAUUUGUAUUAGUGUUUUAUGUACCUUAAUUUAAAAAUGGACCCUCUUUAAACAGAAAUGCAUAUCAUUAGUCUGUUUUUACACCAAAUCUACCUGGAUGCUGCUAGACUAACUGUAAAAGUGAAACCUGCCUCCUCAUCCAUUACUAUACUGCACAAAAGGGGAACAGCAGGAAACUACACCUACCUUUUUGUGUCUGAUUGUUACUUUACUUAACACUGAGCUCCUUUUGAUUUUUUCUGUAAACAGUUUAUGUUUGUAAUUUAAAUUAUGCAUACAAAUUGAUUAUGGUGUAACACUGAAAUACUUUGUACAGAAAUAUAUCCUCUCCUUAUUUUAAAAAGAAAUGUCUCUAUUUGA